CCUAAAUCUAGAUGUGACUUGAAUUCUAGUUGAAAAUUUGUGGAUGUAUGUUUUGUGUAAUGACAACAUUAUGAAUGGUUUUAUUAAGUGAUGUUUGCCUUCUUUGCAAUAUUGUGAUGUAUGAUAUUUUAUCUUCAUAGCAAUUGAUUGUGUUAUGAUAUGUUAAAACUAAUGAUAAUUUUUGCUGUUUAAGUAAGAUCAUGACAGGUGGCGAUUCUACAAAGUCAACCCAUCAUGUUUGGACACCUGAGGAAGACUCUCUUCUUGUGCAAUCCUUGCUUCAGCUUCGUGAUGAUGGGACCUUGGUUGCAGAUAAUGGGUUUAAGGCUGGAGGUUUAAAGAAGUUGCAAAGAAUGAUAGAGGAGAAGUCACCUGGAUGCGAGAUACUAGCUGUACCUCACAUUCAAUCUCGUUUGAAGACCUUGAAGACUAGUUGGCAGGUCAUAUAUGAUAUGUUAUAUGGCUCAAACACAUCUGGAUUUGGUUGGGACCCCGACAAACAAUGUGUCACAGCAGACAAGGAAGUGUGGGAUGAGUAUGUUAAGAGCCAUAAAAAAGCUGCUCAUUUCAAGAACAAACCCUUUCCUCUCUUUGAUGCACUAUGCUCUAUAUUUGGAAAAGAUAGAGCUGUAGGAAAAGGGUCACUUUCAAGCAAUGAUGUGCAUGAGGUUGAAGCUGAUACAGAGUUUGAUACAAUAGCUACUAAUGUUGAUGAAGAUACUGUGGAUAUUGGACUAGAGAUGGAUCCAUCAAUUACAUUCUCAGACCAUCCAUCAGAAAACACAAAUGUUGGCACUUCUAAGUCUAAGAAAAGGAAAAGAACUAGUCAAGAUCGUGAUGAGUUUUUGACUGAGGCACUUAAAGAGAUGUUAGCAGCUACUUCCCAAGACAUCAAGGAUUCCUCUGCCCAAUUAGGAGCUCGUUUAGACAAGUUGGCUCGAGAAGCAAUGUUAGAUGCACGAAGAGAGGCUCUAUAUGAUGAGUUGUUGAAGGUUGAAGAUCUUACUGACAAUGAGCGCACUGAUGCAUAUCUUAAAAUGAUAGGUGAUGAUAAAAUUCUUGUUGGAUUUCCUAACCUACCAGAUAAGGCUAAGGCAGCUGUGGUUCGUAAAAUACUUUAUGCAUAAAUGCGUUAUGUGUAAGUCAUAUAUGCUGCUUCUUUUUGGGUAUUAUAGUGUAGCUAAGUCUAUAUUGUAAACCAUGAUGGAUAUAUUUUUUUGGCUCUGUCAUGGUUGGUAGCCUUUUUGAUUACAUAGUUGUGGCUGCCUUAUAUAUAGGAAGUCUGAUUGUAAAGUGCUCAA